AUGGACGGUGAUCAUGCUCUCUCUCGGGUGGUUCGGGGAAAAUUGACAAGAUGGAAGGCAAGGGCAGGAUCAAUAGGACGCUGGCGUGGGAGAAAGAAUCCCUUGAAGCGAACUCGAUCAAGUGCCAAAAAAGCAGUCGCUCCUAUCGAUUCAUCUCUUGUACAAGGGGAUGACAACGAACCCGACAAUCAUUGUGGCAGAAUGUUUCAUCCAUUUUCAAGACUUCCUAUUGAGCUACGUCUAGGAAUAUGGCGGAUGAGUUGGGAUAGUCGCAGUAUUGGAAUUGUCACGAAAUACCCUUUCGCUUCAAACAUGCUAGGGACCGUCACUGGUGUCAAAAAAGGCACGUCACCACCCUCGACAAUAUCAGUCAAUCGAGAAAGUCGAGCAGAAACGCUACUACACUAUAAGCCAUUAAAUUUCGCGCCAUUAGCCCUUGGAUUUUUAGUUUCAAAGUUCUACUUCAAUAAUGAGCUCGAUACGCUAGCUGUUUAUGUUACUUGUGUCUUCAAACUUCUAGAUUCUAAGCUUUAUCAAGCCCAUGCAGGACUUAUAAACCACUGUCUGAGCACGGCGAAAUUGCGAGAUAUCAAGUCUUUACUUGUAUUUCCAUGUGGUGAGGCCUACGGAUACUACCAAGUGUUUUCAUUUGGAGACCAUGAAAUCAACACCAAUCCUUCGUCUGCUUACUCUUACCUACAUGAAUUGAUUCUUCUAGCCGAUUCACAUAUUAAGGGAAUCACUUACAAAGCACCGAACAAUCUGGAAAAAUCAAUUCCUUUUGGUUAUACACGACAGAUACCGGGCCAUCCAACCCCCCCUGGACAACAAUCUAUUAAACCAGGUCUGUCCGUUCACUCCAGCCAUUGGAAAGACGUCAAGAGCUAUGGAAUCUUCCGGUCACCGCCAUGUCAAGAGGGGCUCAUCAAGAAGUUUAGAAUGAAGUAUCGGUAG